AUGACUGGUUCAACUCCAAAAUUGUGGCUCAAUUGGUUGGCCUUAGCAGAAUGGUGGUUUAACACAAACUACCACACUAGUCUCAAGAUGACUCUGUUUCAGGCCUUAUAUGGUUACACUCCACCUCACUUGGCAUUUCCAGUCCAAGCUACUACUUCAGUUGCUGUUGUUCAUGACUACCUCCUGGAGAGAGAUCACAUGAUCCAAUUACUUAAGGAAGACCUCUCUAAAGCUCAGCACAGGAUGAAACAUUUUGCAGAUAAUCAUAGAACUGACAGAUCCUUUGUAGUGGGAAAUUGGGUAUUUUUGAAGUUGCAACCUUAUAGACCGUCUUUUGUUGCUCUGAGAACCAAUAUGAAGUUGUCUGCUAAAUACUUUGGGCCAUUUGAAGUGUUACAGAGAAUUGGAAAUGUUGCUUACAAGCUCAAACUACCAGUAGAGUCCAGAAUUCACCCAGUUUUUCAUGUGUGUCAACUGAAGAAAAAGGUAGGCCAACAUAUUACCACUACACUGCCACCAGUUGAUACUUCUGGUUCUUUCAUAGUUACACCAAUAGCAGUUCUAGAUUCCAGACAUAUUCUCAGGGGCAACAAUACAAUUCUACAAAUACUCAUACAGUGGGCUAGAGCUCCUUCAGAAGAUGCAACAUGGGAAGAUGCCAACCACAUUCACUCACAGUUCCCAGAUUUUAUCCUUGAGGACAAGGAUCUUCCAAAGGAGGGGGUAUUGUCAUAUAACUAG